CUUGUACCCACGCUCGAGGGUUUGAACACCCGCUUCCACGAGCUUGGCCAUUCGCUUCUUUUGGAGCCCUAACUCGCUGUUCUCUUCCGCUCUGUGGCAUCGCCAUCUCCUCGAUCCAGGAUGAAGCUCGUCAGGUUCUUGAUGAAGCUUAACAACGAGACCGUCUCGAUCGAGCUCAAGAACGGCACCGUCGUCCAUGGAACCAUCACAGGUGUGGAUAUUAGCAUGAACACACACUUGAAGACCGUGAAACUUACCGUGAAAGGGAAAAAUCCAGUUACCCUUGAUCACCUAAGCGUGAGAGGUAACAAUAUACGGUAUUACAUCUUGCCGGACAGCUUGAACCUUGAGACAUUAUUGGUCGAGGAAACACCUCGGGUAAAGCCCAAAAAGCCUACUGCAGGGAGACCAGUGGGACGUGGUCGUGGACGCGGCCGUGGUCGUGGACGAGGUCGGGGCCGUUAACAAUGUCAUGCUCAUGGUAAUUUUUGCAUCAUCUGUUUUUGUACAAAUAGCCUGCUCUUACUCUUGAGUAGUUUCGUUUGAAAGCUUGUCUUCUCAAAACAGCAAGCAGGACUAUCUGUUUUUAGCUUAAAUAGCAUAAGUGUUAUCAUCUGCGAUGAAGCUUUAGAAGCAACUAAAAGAAAUACUGGCUUAUGUUAUCA